ACUUGCUCUUUCUACUUAAGCCGUUUAUUGCUGGACCAUGACGUGCGAUUUGAAAGAUAAAGUCGUUUUUCUUACGGGAGGAGCAAUUGGAAUAGGUGCAGUUGCUGCAAAAUUAUUUCUUGAAGAAGGAGUGAAGCAUAUCGGAAUCACAGACAUCGAUGUAAAUGCUGGAAAACAACUGGAACAAGAGCUAAAUUCUAAAUACCCUGGUCGAGUCUCAUUCAUAAAAUGUGACGUCACCAACGAUGAAGAACUUUUUGCUGCUUACGAUCAAAUUUUGAAACAAUUCGGUUACAUCGACCUGGUUAUUAACAAUGCGGGUGUGAUGAACGAUAGUCCUAAGAUGUAUAAGAAAUCAAUUGAAGUGAAUGUAACAGCUCUCGUAACAAGUACCUUAAAAGCAUGGGAGUUCAUGCGUAAAGACAAGUCUGGACGAGGUGGAACUAUUGUCAACGUAGCUUCUAUAUCAAGCAUGAUGCAAGAUUCCUUUUUGCCUAUAUAUUUUGCCACUAAGAGUGCUGUAUUGCAAUUCAGUAAUUGUAUUGGGGAUCAAAAGAAUUAUGAAAAAACCGGUGUUAAAGUCAUAGCAAUAUCCUACGGCGCGACAGAUACUAGUCUUCUGUCUAAACAAAAACUGCACAGUUUUUCUGAUUUGUACCCAGAUAUGGAUGAAAUCAUCAGUAAAUUUCCGUGUCAAAGUGUUGAGGCAGCAGCCAAAGGCCUAAUUGAGACUUGCAAAAGAGGGGAAAGUGGUAGCAGUUGGCUCGUAAUAAACGGCAAAGGUGCUGAAGACAUCACUCCUAUUAUCAAAAAAGCCUACUCUAUACUCUCUGAACCAGUAUUUCAGUAAUUAAAAAUACACGUUACUCGACGAAUUGGCGAACAUUAUUUUGGUCCAGGAUCUUAAUAUUAUUUUCUUUUCU